UUUUUCAGUCAGUGAGACCAAAUCACAAUACAUCAAACUUCUUACAGUUAUGUUAUAAAUAUCCAUAAAAAAAAAACUUCACCUAAAAUCUCAAAACUCCUGCGAAUAAACCAAAAACCUGAAACUCUGUAUAUUUAAAAGUCUAAAAGAAGUCAUCAUGAUAACUUGAUUAGUACUAUUAAAUGACAAAAAGUCCAUGUUGAGGGAAAAAGACAAGAAGGAAAAACAGAAAAGAACAAAACGACGAAAUCUAAUAGAUAAAGAAACAAGUCAGAAGUCCACUACAAUUCCAAACAAACACAAGGUAGUAUGAUCGUUCUCGGUCCGAUCCACGAAACUCCCUCGAACCCUCUCUUACUUUCUAAAGCUCCCACCACUAUAUAUUACCAUAUUCCUCGUCACUCUUCUUCACACUUCAAUUCCACACAUACACAAAGAUCAAGAGGUUCAAGUAAGUUAAUAAGGAGUACUGAAGAUGACAACUAAACAAGAAUCUUUAGCCAUCGAAUUCAUAAGCCAACACCUUCUCACAGAUUUUGCUUCCACAGAAACCAAACCUUCCAGUUUCACUCUUCAUGAAACUGGCCCAUCUCUCUUUACCAGCCAAGUUCACGACUAUCACUUAGAGACAAGCCCAAGAACCAUCAACAACCAGACCCAUAAACCAAACUCUACUCUUAACCGACGUAAACCGCCCUUACCGAACCUAUCCGUUUCAAGAACAGUCUCUGGUACGGUGAAGAAGACAGGAGAAGAGGAAGAGGAGAGACACUACAGGGGAGUUAGGAGGAGGCCAUGGGGAAAAUAUGCGGCAGAGAUUAGGGAUCCGAACAAGAAAGGCUCUAGGAUAUGGCUAGGAACUUACGACAGGGCCGUGGAAGCUGCAAGAGCUUACGACCAAGCGGCGUUUCAGUUGCGUGGACGAAAAGCAAUCUUGAAUUUCCCUCUAGAUGUUAGGGCUACGUCAGAAAGUUUUCUUGAGGAAGGGGUUAAUGGGAAACGUAAGAGGGUUAAGAGUUCUCCGGCGGUGGAGGAGGAUGAGAAGGCGGUAGCUGUUAGGGUUAAAGUUGAGGAAGAAGAGAGUGAUACCACGGAGACAACGGAGGCUGAGGUUGAAGCAGUACCUUUAACGCCGUCAAGUUGGAUGGGGUUUUGGGAUGUGGGAGCAGGAGACGGGAUUUUCAGUGUUCCUCCGUUAUCUCCGACGUCUCCCAACUUCUCCGUUAUCUCCGUUACUUGAACUUCGGACUUGUCAACGGUUGAUGACGUUUUCACUUACGUCACUCAAAAUUUCUUUAUUUCUAUAGUAUAUAAGUAUAGCACUAGUGUACAAAUAUCAUAUUAAUAGUUUAGUACCAAUCAUUUUAUUUAUUAAUUUUUAAUAGGAAAAUUAUGGAUGUUGAAAAUUUAAAUGAUACUUUGUAUUUUUCAUUUCUUAUAAAUUCGUUGACUGUAAUAAAAAUAUUCUUGGUCAUAAGUA